AUGCACCUAAAGCUCAUCCCGCUCGUCACUCUACCCCUCCUUCUCGUAACGGCAACCUUGACGAAAGCACUCCCACCUGGACCACCAGAAGACAUCAUCAAAACGACACUCGAAAGUACAGGCUCAACUGAAGCAGAAUUAUUCCCGCAAUGGUCGAAUCCCUCUGGCUGGAUGGGAUUUCGAAUGGUAGGUGAACAUCUACGUAGUCUGCACCCUCCGCACUUACCUGCGGAAUACAAUGCGGAUUGGCAUGUUGUCAAUUCACCCAUCCGAGGUGUUGUUACUGACAACAGAGCCAGAUUGAGAUUAGGCAUUACUGGUAGGGAAGUAGAUCGAGAUUGGGAGCAAAGAGUUUUAAAUCGUCAUCAACCAUCAGAGACAUUGAGAACACCGGAACUACAGGCAAUUGUGACAGAGUUUCCAACGCACCUUGGAAAUGGCGAACAAGAGGCCAGCAGUCUAGCACAUGCCAGGUUCGAAUUCAGUUCUCCUCCUCCAUCAACAAGUAGUGGUGUGGGGAGAAAGGAGAGGGGUAAGCGUCAGAGACGGCCCAAGUAA